GCGAAGGGGAAGCAAAUGGGGGAUGUUGCAGAUAUUCUAGGGGGGGCCCGUCGACCUCAAGUCUCUGAGCGUGAAAGCCUGCUAAUGGAGACUGGGCCAAAAGCAGGCGGCACCGGGGGAGCGGGAGGGAACAAAGGGAAACGGAAACCUGCAGGGAUGAGCCGCGAAGUCUUCAAUUUGAUCGGAAAAGAGGGCAUGGCCCCGGUUGUGGUGAGCAAGAAGGCGAUAGGACUCAAGGACAAGAGGGAGGGCACAGCGCGGACCCGAUGGAUUUGGACAACUUUCAAAAAUUCAGCACGAAAAGACCAGGAUAAGCCCGAGGGAGGAGAAGAGGAAGGAAAGGAGGGGGAGAAUAGCGGCACGCGCAAAGGAGGAAUCUUCUAUCACUGGGUAAAAGCUGCGACAGACUACCCCGACUACCCUUUCGCACGCUUUAAUGUGCAGACACCUGCGGUGGAGUUCACGGACGCGGAGUAUAAGACGUGUUUGGCUGAGGGUGGCAAAGGCGCAGGAUGGAGCAAAGAGGAAACGAGAGUCCUAUUGGAGCUAUGUCAACGCUUUGACCUUAGGUGGCCGAUUAUAUAUGAUCGCUUUCCUGAUGCCGUCGCUGAGUCCGUCGCAGGGUCGCCUGGGGGACCCCGCGAGCCUGCACAGAAGGAGGUUGAAGGGCAGGAAGGCAAAGAGGAAGGGAAGGAGGAAGGGGAAAAGGAAGGGAAGGAGGA